UGUGUGUGUGUGUGCGCGCACAGUCGAGCUCUGCUGUCUGCUGCUGCUGUCAGCUGUCAGUCGUCUGCUGGCCGUGCCGCGAGCCGGUCGUGCCCACUCCACUUUCUUCGCGUUCGUGCCGUUUUUGAGGUGAGCUGUGGCCUGCUGUGUUAAGAUGGACCACUCCAUGAUGGACCAUUCAGCCCAUAUGGGAAUGGAUCAUUCAGCCAUGAAUCACUCGGCUAUGGAUCACUCAGCCAUGGACCACUCAACCAUGAACCACUCAGCCAUGGACCAUUCAGCCAUGGACCACUCAGCCCAUCUAGCCAUGGACCACUCAGCCAUGGACCACUCAGCCCAUCUAGGCAUGGACCAUUCCACAAUGGACCAUUCUAUGAUGGAUCAUUCAACUAUGGAUCACUCCUCUAUGUCUAUGUCAAUGACGUUUCAUUUUGGAGUAAUGGAGAAAGUUCUGUUCAAUGAAUGGCAAGUUGACAGGGUAUCCACAAUGGUAUUAUCAUGUGUUGGAAUUUUCUUCAUGGCUGUCAUAUACGAGGGCAUUAAAUAUUACAGAGAAAACCUGUUAUGGAGGACCUACAAUUCACUGCACUACAGAGCAGUGAACGAUAAUGCUGUUCCAGAUGCAGAGAAUCAUAAACCUGUUGUCCGAGAAGUUAUUCGCAAAGAUUCGCCCAGGAUGUUUAGCCAGAAACAUGUGUUGCAAACUGGCUUACACAUAGUGCAGCUGAUUGUGAGCUACCUUCUCAUGCUGAUUUUUAUGACAUACAAUAUCUGGUUGUGCUUAGCUGUCAUUCUGGGUUCUGCAACAGGAUACUUUAUGUUCGGUUGGAAACGCACAGUUGUUGUUGAUAUGACUGAAACAUGUCACUGACCCAAACUACGCGGCCUUGCGCCGCUAGCAACUCAUGACAGUUUUGGAAGCCUAAACAGUAAUUUGUUUCAAGAGCGGUGGUAAAAAAAAGGAAAAAGAAUCUAUGUUUGCUGGUAAAAGACAACAGGGUUUUCUAUUAAUGAAUUAGAGCAGACUUUGCAUGUGUUCUUAACUAACUGCAAGUUAAAUAUGUUUAAGAUAUUGCAAUGCCUAGUGUUUUUCAUGAAACCUCCUGCAAUUUUUAUUUUUAAUGCCUGGAGUAAAAUAAUUUUUUAGUUGCUUGUGAUUCAAUGAAAUUCUGUCUGUCACUGUGACGGCUGCAAUGUUGAUGGCAGCAAUGAAUUUAUGAGCCUGGGUGCGAGACGUUACCUGUAGUCUUAAUUGACCUGACCAAACCUUUUGGUCAACCUAAAUUGUUUAGCUUCCAACUUUCCAUUCAUGUGAUAUUUUUUAUGAUGUGGCUUGGCUUAACUAUUCCAUUUGUAUUAGUUGGUACUACAUAUGGUUCCUUUUGCCAACCCUUGGCCAUCACCUAUUUCUUUUAAAAGCAACUGGAUUGAUCCAUGACUAUCUUUGGGUAGUUAGUGUAGUUUAGUGUAGGACUUGACCCUAUUUUUCCAAAUAUUCCAUAUUUAUGAUCUUUCUAAGGCUGAUUUGACAACUUAUCAGCUAGUUUUAGGUUCUUCUAGACAGUAUUUCCUCAACUCUCAACUUCCUGAAAUUUCCUGUCUUGAUUCUCAGAAUUCUGUGUGCAUCUGGCGAUUUCAAGUUGUAUUUUUCUAUGUAUUAUGGAUAUGACAGAUUCUUAAAAGUUCUUGUGUAUGCCACAUGGUGUGUUUGUACUCUAUCACUUGUUCCCCUUUUCUUCAUUUGAGGAAAAUAGACUGGAUGCAUUGGUAACAGUUACUUUAAAAGAAUGCGCACCACUUUCUGAAUCUGGAAUUAUUUUUCUGUAUUGUUGGUAUUUGAUUUUAUUGUGGCUGUGAUUUAAACUAAUACUCAUUGCUGAACUGAAUCUAAUGCUUUGAGUAUUUCGAAGUUUCCGUUUGUCAUAGAAACUGAACACCAACAAAAAAAGCUGUCUUGUACUCCUAUCAUGUGAUACUCCUUGAGUAAAUAAACGAAUACAUACUAAAAA